AUGCUUAAAAACAAACCGAAAAUAUCCUGCGAAGCGCUCAAACAAAGAAAAAUGAAGCGUACACGCGAAGGAAGCUCACAAACAGACGAGGAUGUCUUCGAGGACGACAGCCAUGACUGCCCAAAAUGCAAGUCAACAAAUACUCGUCUCGCUGAAAUUGAUGACAAGCUUGAAAGACUAUUAAAGUUAACAGAGGAAUUUGAAACCUACAAGAGCCGAGUUAAAUCCCUCGAAGAUGAACAGAAAAACAUGCAAGAAAGCCUCGGAAGUUAGAUAACAUUGCUGAACAACAGAAGACAGUCAUCUAGAAAUUUUUAGCGGUUCUCAAAUAAUAGAAAAUUCUAGGCAAUAUUUGCUUCUCCGAACAGAUAUUUUACAGAAAACAGUGGUUAGGUGCCCCUGAGAAGAUCACUGAAGCUUCACUUCAACGCGUCCAACGUGAACUCGCCAAAUUGCAGCGCAGUCAUAUUAAAUUAGAGUGUCACAGCCCCAGAGGUAAUUUGAAAUUCUGUGGAAUAAAAGAACGCGAGCAUGAAUCGAACGAAGACACCAAAGAUUUAUUGUGA